CUAGUGGUGGUGACAAAAGUGGAUGGGGAGGUGGAGCUAGUGGUGGGGACAAAAGUGGCUGGGGUGCUGGUCCAAGCGAUGCUGAACAGGGAAACUCUGGUUGGGGAACUGGAUCCAAGAAAGCCGGAGACAAUGGAUGGUCUGGAAACUGACCGGGCGGAAUCCACAGAGCAUUCACAUUCAUCUUUGCAGCUUUUCUACCGAUGGAAGUACUAAAGCGCGGAGAACUUUAGCGAUCAUAAAGCCGGAUGGAUUGCUCGGUAACUACACAGAUGAUAUCAAGAGAACAAUUUCAGAAUAUGGUUUCAGCAUUGUCAAGGAACAGAUUGUUCAACUUGGCGAGGCGACUGUGAAAAGAUUUUAUGCAGAACACUCUUCAAAAAGCUUCUUUUCAAGCCUAGUUAAAUACAUGACAAGUGGACCAGUGUUAGUCAUGGUUUUGGAAAAGGAUAAUGCUGUUGCUGAUUGGCGCGCUUUAAUGGGUCCUACUGAUGCAAGCAAGGCCAAGAUUACUCACCCUCACAGCAUUAGAGCAAAAUGUGGAUUGGACACUGAAAAAAAUUGUGUUCAUGGUUCAGACUCUACCAAAUCUGCACAAAGAGAGAUACUAUUUUUCUUCGACGAGCUCGCUCCAGAUGCAAUUACAGAACACGAUGAAUUAAUGCGCAUAGUUUAUAGUUUUGGCAUCUGUCAUGAACAUCCUGGCACAUUUGUAUUGACUUCCAUAAGAAGUACAAAUCCACACCAUGAGUACAUUGGUCUUUACCCCAAAGGAUUCAGGUUCCGCAAAAAGAUGUUUGAGGAUAUUGACCGGCUUGUGGCAUAUUUUCAAAGGCACAUCGAUGAUCCACAAAAUGAUUCAGCACCUUCCAUUAGGUCAGUAGCUGCAAUGGUGCCAAUGCGAAGCCCUGCUACUGGUGGCUCAUCAGGAGCAUCUGGUGCAGUAGCUGCUGGUGCAGUACCUUUAAUUUAAGAGUCCUAGGUCAGAAAAUAAUGCCUCGUUACGACUACAAAUCUUGACUCUCUAAGUAGCAACGGUACACGGAAAUUACACUUUGUUCUCGUGUUCUAAUUAUCUAAACUAAUUUUAUUGUUUUUCCUACUCCAUGACAUCAAACCAUUCUCAUAGCCUUAGAUAAACAUCGUGAGAAUAGAUAACGAUAUUUGAUACAGCUAUAUGUGGGAUUGAUAAAUCUUUUAUACUAUAACUGAUAUUAUCUUGGAUU